CGCUGUACAUCCGGGCAGCCUUUCAAUUCCUCCUCCAACUUCUCUUGUGUCGUCACAGUUUGCUUGCGCUUUUCCUUCUCUUGCAUUCACUAGAUAGUAUUCUUUCCUUGGUUGUCCUCUUCUUCAUAUUUUCUCAUUGCCACUUAUCUUUCCCUCUCAAAUCUUCCAUCCCCUUCGAUUGUCGCACUACUGUACCUUCUAAGACCUUACUUCCAUCUUCCUUCCCUCUUAAGGUCUCGAAACCCCUCGUCGCGAAGGAAAGCUAAGAAGCCACCGAAAAUGUCGCUCUGUCAAAACCGCCUGACUGAGGAGAGGAAGCAAUGGCGCCGUGAUCAUCCUUUCGGCUUCUAUGCGAAACCCAACCGCAACGCCCAGGGUGUCCUGGACCUGAAGAAAUGGGAGUGUGGAAUCCCGGGAAAGAAAGAUACGAUCUGGGAGGGUGGAAUGUUCAAGCUGGACGUCAUUUUCCCCGACGAGUAUCCCACCAAACCUCCGAAAUGCAAAUUCAACCCUCCGCUUUUCCACCCUAACGUCUAUCCCUCCGGCACUGUCUGUCUUUCGAUCCUCAACGAGGAAGAGGCCUGGAGACCCGCCAUAACGAUUAAGCAAAUUCUGAUCGGUAUCCAAGAGCUCCUGAACGAUCCCAACCCCGAAUCGCCGGCGCAGGCCGAAGCCUACAACAUGUUCAGACGGGACCGGGCGGCCUAUGAAAGCAAAGUGAAGCAGAUCGUGAAGGAGAACCCAGGGCAUUAAGAGAAGGAGCGGGGACUGCAGAUUAAUGGACAUGCGCUAAUUUUCCUUUUUCCUUUUCUGUUCCAUGAUAUCCUCUCCUAUGUCCUUGUCGUUUUUCCUCCAUCAUCAUCAUCUUCUUCAUCUUCUGUUAGAUGUCACGUUGCAUUUUACUCUUUCCUUACUACUCUUGUGUCGACAUCGGUCGAAUCUCGGACUGAUGUCGGGGACCUGCGAGCGGUGAUUCUUGGGAGGAUUGCGCGCAAGACAACUCACUUAUGGGGUACUGCCGUCAUUGGGAAUCAGUCAAGCUGCAUAUCGCAUUUCGUGGCGAUGGAACAUCUUUUUUAUUUCUUUUCUUCUAGCGAGCAAGGAGUUUAUAAUGAACUAAAAUGGGCGGACGAGCAAGGCGUCGAAGACUAUGAUCUUUUUUGGUUCCAUUAGG